UGAGCCAUUUUAUAAAGAGCGACGCAUAUAAGUGUGAGCACGAGUUUUCUUGAGUGUCGUUUGAAAAAUUAUUAUUAAAAAGAAGUGAAAAAUGUUUGGAGGUCCACAAUCUAUAUUGGUUUUAAGCCAAAAUACCAAAAGAGAAUCGGGCCGAAAAGUUCAGCUGGAAAAUAUAAAUGCCGGAAAGGCUAUAGCCGAUGUGAUACGCACCUGCUUGGGGCCGCAAGCAAUGCUAAAAAUGCUUAUGGAUCCUAUGGGUGGAAUAGUUAUGACCAACGACGGUAACGCUAUAUUGCGUGAAAUUACUGUUCAGCAUCCCGCGGCUAAAAGCAUGAUUGAAAUCGCUCGUACUCAAGAUGAGGAAGUCGGAGACGGUACUACUUCAGUUAUUGUCUUAGCGGGUGAAAUGUUGGCAGCCGCAGAACCAUUCCUACAGCAACAAAUUCACCCUACCGUCAUAAUACGAGCCUAUCGCGAGGCAUUGGAGGAUAUUAUUAAGCAUUUACAAAGCGAUUUAAGCGUAGCUUUGGAUAUUGGUAACAAGGAAAAGAUGGGUGAGGUUGUAAAGUCUUGCGUAGGUACAAAAUUCAUCGGUAAAUGGUCAGAUUUGGCGGUGAAGAUUGCUCUCGACGCAGUGCACACAGUCACUUUAAAUGAAAACGGUCGUUUGGAAGUAGACAUCAAACGUUAUGCUAAAGUUGAAAAAAUUCCUGGCGGUUCAAUAGAAGAAUCUUGUGUUUUAAGAGGUGUUAUGCUUAACAAAGAUGUGACUCAUCCAAAAAUGCGACGUUACAUUGAGAAUCCUCGUAUAGUAUUGCUGGAUUGCGCUUUGGAAUAUAAGAAAGGAGAAAGCCAGACUAGUGUCGAAAUUGUGGGCGAACAAGACUUUACUCGCAUGUUGCAAAUUGAGGAAGAAUUUGUGAACCGUGUUUGUUCUGAUAUUAUCGCCGUUAAGCCGGACGUAGUCUUCACCGAGAAGGGUGUUUCUGACUUAGCUCAACAUUUUCUGUUAAAGGCGGGUAUAACUGCUGUACGCCGUUUACGUAAAACCGACAACUUACGUAUAGCUCGUGCUUGUGGAGCCACUAUUGUGAAUCGUACGGAAGAAUUAACAGAAAAAGACGUAGGCACCGGUGCCGGUUUAUUUGAGGUUAAAAAGAUUGGCGAUGAGUACUUUACUUUCGUAACGCAAUGCAUAGAUCCUAAAGCGUGCACUAUAGUUUUGCGUGGGGCGUCUAAAGAUAUUUUGAAUGAAACCGAACGUAAUCUUCAAGACGCCUUGCACGUGGCACGUAAUUUAGUUUUGGAACCGCGCGUGGUUGCAGGUGGCGGGGCUAUUGAAAUGUCUGUGUCUCAAUUGCUUACACGAAAGCAAUUAAAAGGUCCUUAUACAGCUGUUGCUGGAGCUUUGGAAAUUAUACCACGCACUUUAGCUCAAAAUUGCGGAGCAAAUACCAUACGCACACUGACAGCUUUAAGGGCUAAACAUGCCUCUCAUUCUGGUGAUGGUGUGUGUGCAUGGGGUAUAGAUGGUGAGUCCGGCGAAAUUGUGGACAUGAAUGUCAGGGGUAUAUGGGAACCCUUGGCAGUAAAAAUGCAGACCUACAAAACAGCUGUAGAAACAGCCAUACUUUUGCUACGUAUCGAUGAUAUUGUCUCUGGCUCUAAGAAGAAAAGCGAUAAGGAAUCUGUUGCACCAGCUGCUCCUGCCAAUCAGGGUGAAGAUUGAAAGAGUAAAGAGUUGAUUUCGUUUCUGCCACUAAUGCCCACAUAUUUUUUUCAUAUUUACCAGCUUAAAACAUUCAUUUACGCGUGAACAUUUUUAUAAUACUUG